AAAAAAAAAAAAAAAAAGAGUAAAAACCAGAAAAUUUUAUUGGCUAAGAAGAUGAAGGACGAUUGUCUAUCCGAUGUCCAAGGUACGGCCCCCAUGCCCAAGACCGCCGAUUGAUGAAAGAGACGAACAGUUCUUGCAGCUAGACUUACAUGGGAACAGCGUCAACGAUAAUCUAAGAGUUCAAGAUAAUGUAAUGGCAAUUUCAACGAGGUUGUUAUCCACCUAUCCAAGAACCAGUAAGCUUCAAUCUCCAAAUUAUGCGAAAACAAGAGGUUCGGUUUCGGGCCUCGUGGCAUGCUUUUACGACACUUAUGUGCUCCAUGGUCAACUUCACCACCAGUAUUGUUCCUGCUAUGUGACCAAACCUUCAGUGCUAAAAAACUUCAAGAAGAUGGCCUUGUCCAUUAGGGGUAGUGUAGAAGGGAGUCCAUUUGAUCCUCCUUCAAAUAACUCCAAUGGCAGAACGAGAUUGAUACGGAUUAUUCAAGCUAUUCAAACCAAGUUGAAUGCGAGAAUCAACGAGUUAAGGAAAAAUCUUCCAUUGAAGAUACUGUUCUUCUUGGUUGGGUUUUACAGUGCAACUGCAUUUGCAACUGUGAUUGGUCAAACAGGUGACUGGGAUGUUCUAUCUGCUGCAUUGGCUGUGGUUGUUGUGGAGGGGAUUGGGGCCCUCAUGUAUAGGGCUUCUCUUCCUCUUUUGAACAAGAUUAAAGGCCUCAUAACCAUGUUCAAUUAUUGGAAGGCUGGACUGUCCAUGGGUCUUUUCUUGGAUUCUUUUAAAUUUGAAAUGGAUGAUAUUUUUGGGUUACAUAACCUCUUCCAUUUAUACUUAGAAAAUGUAAUUCAUAUAAUUUAUUAACACAUUCAAAUUCAUGGCCGUAUAUCUUCAAAUUCCA